CUAGCCGAAGCACUUGAUCCCUUUGGGCCUGGCAACACCUCUCCUUCCCCCAUCUCCUUCUCCACCACCGACCGCCGCCACGGCGAGGCCGGUGUGGUGGUGCGCCUCCGCCACCCAUCCAUCUAUCCAUCACCGGUGCCCCACACCACCAGCGCCCAUCUCGCCUGCCGUACCCACGUGCCUCCACCUGCUGCUGAUUCUCCUUGCCACUCCCUUCGCCUACCUCGCUGUUGUUCUUCUUCCCGAUGUCCUCCCUGCUACCCUUCUGCUUCUCCCCGGCUUCCCCUCUCAUCACGUCCCUGCUGCUGCACUUCUUCUCUCCCAACGCUACUGCUGCUACUACGCUCUGCUGCUCCCUCUUGCUAACCUGUUGCUACUUCUUGCUUUACCCUACUGCUGCUCUACUUCUCUCAUCACAACUACUCCUCCUCCUCUCUAACCCCUGCUGCCUCUAUCUCUUCUCUGAACCUCCUUUGUUGCUGCCUCUUCUCUCCUCUGCUGUUGGCUUGAGAUUUUUGUAAGCGGAGAUGUGUUAAACUUUGUAAGGUUCAGAUUUUAAGUAGUGCUUGAAACUUGUUCAGUUUCAGACUUGUGCUUGAUUAAUAGUACUUAUUUUGUUCAUUUCAGAUUACUGGAAUUAACUCCCCCUGUUUUCAUAUGUGUUAUAUGUGUACUGUAGCGCUUGUGUUAACUUUGUUCAUGUGAAAACAUAUAUGUUUGUGUUGUGAUAUAAUUUUGUCCCUAUCAUAUUAGCUUGUUUCUUUCCUUCUGUCAUUACUAGUUAUAUAUGUGUUUGUGUUUGUGUUGUGAGAGUUGUACUGUUACAUUGUGACUCUCAUUUAGAAUGUAUGAGUACUAGAUAUAUAUGUCAUAUAUAUUCUGUUCAUGUUUAAUAGUUAUAUGUGUUCUUGUCUAGCAGCUUUCCCUAAUAUUUGUGCUAGUGUUUUAGAUUCUCGGGUAUAAUGAAAAUACCAAAAAGAUAUUGAGUAAAAUCUGAAUUUCCCUUUGUUGUUUGUCGUUUUCUUUGCCAACGAUCUUCGGGAACAACCUGGUUAGUUUAGGUUUUAUUUUCUGCAAUCAUCUCUUAAAAUUGUGUUACCUAGCUUUAGUCGAGCACCGCCGCUGAUUUUCCUAGUCCUUGAGGAGAACACGACAUCCGUAGUUUUGGGCGUAAAAACCCCACUAUACUCACAACCGAUCAUUUUUGCGUCGUUGCCGGGGACUAGCGUCGAGUGACCGUGCUAGGCUAUAGACUAGGUUUUUCUUCUUUUCCUAGUUUGUGCUAUAUAUGUGAUAUAUCUCUAACUCCUAACCUUUGUUCUAGUUUAUUUCCUCUUUGUUUUCUUUUCCUUUUUGCAGGCUAGAACCAUCUUCUCGGUUAUGGCCUACUAUUCAGAUCACCAUGGAUAUGCGAGCAACACUACAAAUAGCACGGAAAGUAUUCAAGAACUGAUAAGUAAGAUUUCCCAUCGAUUAGAUGAUUUAGCUUGGCAGCGAGAAGUAGUUUUUGAGGAUAGGCCUAGCUCUUAUGAUCCUUAUUCUAGAGGCCAUCCUUAUGUUGCUCCUACCUGCCAUAUUUGUGGAUUUCAGGGCCAUUCGCCCCCUGAAUGUCAGUGUGGUUACUCUUGCCCUCUAGAUUGUUUUGGCAUGAGCUUUGCUCAAGAGCAUAGCUCAUACCAAAACAAUUACUCACAUGGGUGGCCUGAAAACCCGAAUAUGUCAUAUAGGAGCAACAACCCUGAGAUCUCAUCAUUUCCCUCUAGUUAUCCAAUGCAAGGAUUUAGGAAUGAAGAGGAGAGCAACAAUUAUGCUCCACAACAAUUUUAUUCUGCUCCUAUUCAUAUACCUCAGCACCAGGAGAUGUUGCCAAUGGAGUUAAAUGGUCCUCCAUUUGGUCAACCAACACCUUCUACACAAGUGCCCACACAAGAUGACUUUGCUGAUAUAGACAAGCUCACAUUGCUUAGUCUCGAGUUCACUUGGAGUGCUGAAGAUGAUCCAAUUAGGCUGGUGAUACUAGAUGAAAUGAAGAAGAUCAAGAGUGGGAAUGAGCUAGUGGAAGAAGUAAGGAAGAUUGAGAAGAACAUCAAUGCUGGCAGCACUAUUUCUUCGCAGCUAGAGCUGAGUAUUUCUGGGAUAUCCCUUGAUACAUGUGAGGUCCCAACACCUUCACAUUCAGCUGAGCAAUAUAGCGAGAGUCCAGAGGAAGAGAUACUUCAGAUCCAAGAAGAAAUUCUCAAAGCCAAGGCACAAGAUGAUCCAGAGCUCGAAUACCCAAAUGAACAAGUUGAAGAUCCAAUGUCUACUACUUCCGAAGAAGUAAAAGAAGCUGUUGUAGAUGAAGAUGAAGAACCUGAGAUUCAUUUGCCUAUUGUCAUACAAGAGAGUGAUGUGUCAGGUUCAUUCAAUCCUCUUAAUGACAUGUCCCAUUAUGUUUUGUUUGAUUCUACCUUGCUUUACAUGAUGCCAUCACUUAAGGUAGAUUUGAGGAAGUGUUUGCUUGGAUAUGAUGAUACUUAUACCGUUGAUGGCAUUGCUCAUACUAAUGAUGAUCACACUUAUUUUCCUCAUGCCAAACCUAUGCUUAAUGAUAAAUAUCAUCUGAAUGCUAGUAUUGAGCUUGUUGAUUCCUAUCAUACUCGUCAUGUUCUAUAUUCCUAUGUUUAUAUAAUUGGAUACUCGAUUGGCGACUUAGAGGGCAUCGACCCUAUCACUCGUAGUUGUUGUUUGUGUGAGUCCUAUUUCAGGUUUUUGCUUGUGCACGAAUCAAUAUAUGUUGACCAGGUUCGAGGUGACAUCCCUUGGGAUCCCGGUGGAGUCAGAGCAUGGCGAUGAGGAGAAGCAAAUGGGCACACAUAUGGAAGAGAGGAGCUGGAGCAUGCACGAGGAAGCAAAAGGAGAGGAGUCGCAAUGCAAGAGGAUGUGAGAUGAUCGAGUGAGUGCUACAUGAUCAAAACCCGGUGUAUACCAUGUUCUCUGGAUCGGUGGUUUGUUCCUUUGGGGAGACAAAAAAAACUAAUAAUUGGUCGAGCCGGGUGUAUACCAUGUUCUCAGGAUCGGUGGUACGUUCCUUUGGUGAGAUCGAUAUAAUAUUAUCAUUGCUUUAUUUCUAUAAAUAAGUGAUCCGAUCACAAGUUUAUGUUCUUUUUGUUCUCGGGAUCAUGCUCUCUUUAGGAACCUUUGGCACAAUCAUCAUUUGAACUAGUUGAUCUUCUUUUAUCAUUGUAAAAGUUUAAAAUGGUCAAGUCUACUAGUAUCCUACCACUUUGAAGCACUCCUAACCAUUAAUUUUCACUAGUGAAGUCCAAAGCAUGCACUGUUUAGAGAUCUACUUCACUUGGCAAUCUCUAGUCAGCUCACUAUUCACAUUCUUGCUCUUGUCAUAUGCCUUUGCUUGAGGACAAGCAAAAGUUUAUGUGUGGGGGAACUUGAUAAGCACAUUUCAUAUAUACAAUUUUGGCAUAGAAAUAUAUUAUUUGUUGAGUUUUCACAAUCAAUUCUUGCUAUGAAUUAUUGCAUAUUUGAAUGAAAAUCAUAUAAAGGGAUCAUUUACUUGUUACUUGUUCCUUUUGCAGAAAAGUGCGCAAAGCCACUAUAAUCGUCAAGAUUUCUACUAUGUGGCUAACGAGAAGAGAGAAGGGCAUGAAAGAAAUGCGUCAAGGACCUGAGCGUGAAGGAAAGAAGUAAUCUAGGGGAGCAAACUAAAAGAAGAGGAGGAUCUUCUUGGGCAGAAAUGAAGAUAAGAGGAGGGCCAAUGUGCAAAUGUGGCAGCUCAGAGUGGGGAACAAAAUCCCUAGCCGCAAAACUUGAUCCCUUUGGGCCUGGCAACACCUCUUCUUCCCCCAUCUCCUCCUCCACCACCGGCCGCCGCCACGGCCAGCCGGUGUGGUGGUGCACCUCCGCCACCCAUCCAUCUAUCCAUCACCGACGCCCCUCACCAGCAGCGCCCAUCUCGCGUGCCGUACCUGCAUGCCUCCACCUGUUGCUGAUUCUCCUUGCUGCUCCCUACGCCUACCUCGCUGUUGUUCUUCUUCCCGACGUCCUCCCUGCCGCACUUCUGCUUCUCCUCUGCUUCCCCUCUCCUCACGUCCCUGCUGCUGCACUUCUUCUCUCCCAAUGCUACUGCUGCUACUGCGCUCUGCUGCUUCCUCUUGCUAACCUGCUGCUACUUCUUCUCUUUACCCUACUGCUGCUCUACUUCUCUCAUCACAACUGCUGCUCCUCCUCUGUAACCCCUGCUGCCUCUAUCUCUUCUCUGAACCUCCUUUGUUGCUGCCUCUUCUCUCCUCUGCUAUUGGCUUGAGAUUUUUGUAAGCUGAGAUGUGUUAAACUUUGUAAGGUUCAGAUUUUAAGUAGUGCUUUGAACUUGUUCAGUUUCAGACUUGUGCUUGAUUAAUAGUACUUAUUUUGUUCAUCUCAGAGUACUAGAAUUAACUCCCCCUAUUUGCAUAUGUGUGAUAUGUGUCCUGUAGCGCUUGUGUUAACUUUGUUCAUGUGAAAACAUAUAUGUUUGUGUUGUGAUAUAAUUUUGUCCGUAUCA